UCUCAUUCUCCACCUCCCUCCCCCCUCCAACUAUGCCAUGGCUUCUGGUUUCAGUCCUCUUGCUAAUCCUCAUCCUCCUCUCGAAAUUCACAUACUCCAAUCUCUUUACCCCGCUAAAGCUACAGCGCCACUUCACAAGGCAAGGCGUCCGGGGGCCCGGCUACCGUCCGAUCCUUGGCAACAUGGCAGAGAUCAACCGCCUAUUCGUGGAGGCUCAGUCGAAGCCCAUGCCGUUCGACCACAGGUUCCUCCACAGGGUGGCUCCUUUCUACUACCACUGGGGCCUCAAGUAUGAGAGGACUUAUUGGUUCGGGUCGAGGCCUAGGUUGGGCAUCUCGGACCCGGACAUGAUCAAGGAGGUCCUUACAAAUACGGGCAGGUCAUAUGACCAGAUCAAGUUCAACCCGCAGGCUCGAGAGCUGUUCGGGGCAAGGCAUUUUUGGGCUGGUGGGCGAGAAGUGGGCCGUUCAUCGCUAACCAGGCCUUUACUAUGGAGAGGGUUAAGUUAACUUGUAGUUUUCCAGCGGUGGUGAGCUUGUGGCGAUGGCGGCGUGACGGCGUCAAGGACACAGGGCUCACGGCUCGAGCGGUGGCACAAACAGUGGUGGCUCAGCACUUAAGACCCACGGCUUGGCUAGGAAAGGAGGGGCAUUCGAUGGUGGCUUGCGGCAAUGGUGAGGACGGUGAAUGGUGAUGGUGCGGACAAGCGAUGGUGAAGGUGGCGUGGCAACGGCGGCCCCUCAAAACCCAUGGCCAAGCUUGGGCUUGGCUUGGCUUGGGCA